AUGCGUCGCAUUUCACGAACGGUAUCUGGUCGCUCUGGCAUCUCCGACUACGAAGAGCCCAAGGACGACGAACACAUCAGCAAAGCCGAAGACUGGGCCUUGAUGCCUGAAGUCAAGAGAUACGCCGAGAACGACCCUGCCACUGGACGCAAGCUCGGAGUCACCUGGAAUAACCUCACAGUCAAGGGUGUUGGUGCAGAUGCCGCCUACAAUGAGAACUUCUUGAGUCAGUUCAACAUUCCUCAACACAUCAAGGAAGGUCGCCAUCCUGCUCCGCUCAGGACAAUCAUCGACAACAGCUCAGGAUGUGUAAAGCCAGGAGAGAUGCUUCUUGUCCUUGGCCGUCCAGGAGCUGGUUGCACGACAUUGUUGAAAAUGCUUUCAAACAGGAGAGCAGGUUACGCAGAAAUCGAUGGUGACAUCAGAUUUGGUACCAUGGACCCUAAGGAGGCCCAGCAAUACAGAGGUCAAAUCGCCAUGAACACCGAAGACGAGCUUUUCUUCCCCACGCUCACAGUCGGCCGCACUAUGGAUUUCGCCACACGCCUGAAGGUCCCCAACAACCUGCCCGAAGGCACCGAGACCAGAGAACAAUUCCGUACCGAGUACAAGGAUUUCCUCCUCAGAUCGAUGGGAAUUGGCCACACAGCUGAUACCAAAGUCGGAAACGAGUACGUUCGUGGUGUCAGUGGUGGUGAGCGCAAGCGUGUCUCCAUUAUCGAGACCCUUGCAACAAUGGCCAGUGUUUACUGCUGGGACAACUCGACCCGUGGUUUAGACGCCUCGACUGCUCUGGAGUACACCCGUGCUCUGCGCGCCUUGACCGAUAAAAACGGCUUGGCUACUAUCGUCACUCUCUACCAGGCCGGAAACGGCAUCUACGACCUCUUCGACAAAGUUUUGGUCCUGGAUGAGGGCAAGCAGAUUUACUACGGCCCUCGCGCUCAAGCUCGCCCCUUCAUGGAGAAACUCGGAUUUAUUUGCGAUGACGCUGCCAAUGUUGCCGACUUCCUGACUGGUGUCACCGUCCCCACUGAGCGCAAAAUCAAGGACGGCUUCCAGGCCCAGUUCCCUAGGACCCCCGUGGCCAUUCGCGAGCGCUACGAGAAGUCCUCAAUCAGAGCCAAGAUGGACAAAGAGCUGGACUUCCCGGAAAGCUCACGUGCAAAGGAGUGGACUGCCGACUUCCAGAGGGCGACGCACGAGGAUAAGGCCAAGGGCAUUCCUAGUCAUAGUCCGAACACUGUUGGCUUCCAGUCGCAAGUCAAGGCCUGUAUUAUCAGACAAUACGAGAUUCUGUGGGGUGACAAGGCCACCUUCCUCAUCAAGCAGGGCUCUACCCUUGUACAGGCUCUGAUUUCUGGUUCCCUCUUCUACAACGCCCCCAAUAACUCCUCUGGUCUCUUUAUCAAGGGCGGUGCUCUCUUCUUGUCCCUCUUGUUCAACGCUCUUCUCGCCAUGUCCGAAGUCACAGACUCUUUCUCUGGCCGUCCCAUCUUGUCGAAGCACAAGGCAUUUGCCUUCUACAACCCUGCCGCCUUCUGUAUCGCUCAAAUCGCUUGCGAUCUUCCUGUCCUCGUCUUCCAGAUCAGUGUCUUCUCCGUCGUGCUGUACUUUAUGGUCGGUCUGAAGGUGACAGCUGCUGCCUUCUUCACCUACUGGUUCGUUAUUUACCUUUCGACGUUAGUCAUGACUGCCCUCUUCAGAGCUAUCGGUGCCGCUUUCCCCACAUUCGACGCUGCCUCCAAAGUCUCAGGUUUCAUGAUCAGUGCUUUGAUUACCUACAUCGGUUACCAGAUCCCCAAGCCUGAAAUGCACCCUUGGUUCGUCUGGAUUUACUGGAUCAACCCGAUGUCUUACGGUUUCGAGUCUCUGCUUGGUAACGAGUUCAAGGGUCGCACUAUUCCUUGUGUCAACAACAACCUCGUCCCCAACGGUCCUGGCUACGCCGACUCUGCCUACCAAGCUUGUGCUGGUGUGCGCGGUGCUCUUCCUGGUGCUACUUCGGUCACCGGAGAGCAGUACCUCAGCAGUCUCUCAUACAGCCCUACUCACAUCUGGCGUAACGUUGGUAUCCUCUUCGCUUGGUGGUUCCUCUUUGUUGGCAUGACCAUCUUUUUCACCAUGCGCUGGGACGAGAACGGUAACUCCAAUGGUUUCCUCCUGGUUCCCCGUGAGAAGGCUCACCUCGCCAAGGGCGUCAUGAACAAGACCCCCAAUGAUGAGGAGAACCCCGCCGAGAAGUCUCAAGCCUCCAUCUCGAGUGCCGACACCCAGGUCCCUGCAGGCGAGAACGAGAAGCCCAAGUCUGAAUCUGAGAACAACGACCAGCUUGUCCGCAACACUAGUAUCUUCACCUGGAGAAACCUGACCUACACUGUCAAGACUCCUUCCGGUGACAGAGUCCUUCUCGACAACAUCCACGGUUAUGUCAAACCUGGUAUGCUCGGUGCCCUUAUGGGUAGUUCUGGUGCCGGAAAGACCACCCUCCUCGAUGUUCUGGCCCAGCGUAAGACUGACGGUACGAUCAAGGGUGAGAUUCUCGUCGACGGUCGCCCUCUCUCGGUUUCUUUCCAACGUUCCGCCGGUUACUGCGAGCAACUUGAUGUUCACGAGCCAUUGACCACUGUCAGAGAGGCUCUUGAGUUCUCUGCUCUCCUUCGUCAAAGCCGUGAUACUCCUGAUUCGGAAAAGCUUGCUUACGUCGACACUAUCAUCGAUCUCCUUGAGUUGCACGACAUCGAGCACACUCUUAUCGGCAAGCCUGGUGCUGGUUUGUCCAUCGAACAAAGAAAGCGUGUCACCAUUGGUGUUGAGCUCGUGUCUAAGCCUUCUAUUCUGAUCUUCCUCGACGAGCCUACUUCCGGUCUUGAUGGUCAGGCUGCUUUCAACACCGUGCGUUUCCUCCGCAAGCUCGCCGAUGUUGGUCAAGCUGUCCUCGUCACUAUUCAUCAGCCUUCUGCUCAACUCUUCGCCGAGUUCGACACCCUCCUUCUCCUCACUCGUGGUGGCAAGACUGUGUAUUUCGGCGACAUCGGUGACGGUGCCAACACCAUCAAGGAAUACUUCGGCCGUCACGAUGCUGCCUGCCCUCCUUCCAGCAACCCUGCUGAGCACAUGAUUGAUGUCUGCUCUGGUUCCCUCUCCAAGGGUAAGGACUGGCACCAGGUCUGGCUCGACUCUCCUGAGAACAAGAAGAUGCACGAAGAGCUCGACGCCAUGAUCCAAGACGCCGCCGGCAAGCCCCCAGGCACCAAGGACGACGGCUACGAAUUCGCCACUUCUCUUUGGACUCAGACUAGACUCGUCAGCAACCGCAUGAACAUCUCAAUCUACCGCAACACCGACUACAUCAUGAACAAAAUCAUGCUGCACAUCGGUACUGCUUUGUUCAUGGGUUUCACCUUCUGGAUGAUCGGCAACGGAGUCGCUGACCUUCAGCUCAACCUCUUCGCUAUCUUCAAUUAUAUCUUCGUUGCUCCCGGUGUCAUCGCACAGUUGCAACCUCUGUUCAUUGAGCGUCGUGACGUCUACGAAACUCGUGAGAAGAAGUCGAAAAUGUACGACUGGAAAGCCUUCACCACCGGUCUCAUCGUUUCUGAGAUCCCCUACCUGGUUCUCUGUGCUACCUUUUACUUCGUCUGCUUCUACUACACUGUCGGCUUCCCCUCAGAGUCGUCGUCUGCUGGUUCGGUCUUCUUCGUCAUGUUGGUCUACCAAUUCAUCUACACCGGUAUCGGUCAGUUUGUUGCUGCGUACGCACCCAACGCUGUCUUUGCCUCUCUUGUCAACCCUCUCAUUAUCGGAACUCUCGUCUCUUUCUGUGGUGUUUUGGUACCCUACAAUCAGAUCCAGCCUUUCUGGCGUUACUGGCUGUACUACCUCAACCCUUUCAACUACCUCAUGGGUUCGCUCCUUGUCUUCACCACCUUCGAUCAGGAGGUUCACUGCAAACAGUCUGAAUUCGCCAUCUUCAACCCUCCUUCGGGUCAGACCUGCGCACAGUACCUUGGUAACUACCUUCAAGGCAUGGGUGCCGCAUCAAACCUCAUCAACCCUGAUGCCACUGCCGACUGCCAUGUGUGCCAAUACACCCGUGGUAGCGACUACCUCGCUACUCUCAACCUGAAGGACUACUACUACGGCUGGAGAGAUGCUGCCAUCUGUGUCAUCUUUGCUCUUUCCGGUUACGCUCUUGUGUUCGCACUCAUGAAGCUGAGGACCAAGGCGUCCAAGAAGGCUGAGUAA